GAUAAGAAAUGGUGAGCAGGCAAGCAUGGAGUGGAGUGCUUUUAAAUUUGGGUGUCGCUGUCGUUGAAAGCGAUGGGUGGCUAGUUUUACAGACAGACAGCAGCACCUGCUCCUCCGUCUGGACUGACUGACUAGUGACUCAGCUCCACCCACAUCCCCCUUCGUCGUCUUCUCCCUCCCUGCUAGCUGACCUCCAAUCCACGAUAAGGCAAGAUAAGCUAGCUAGGAAGGCAAGGGAUCCGAUGGACAAGUACGAGCCCGUUCGCGAGAUCGGGGCGGGCAACUUCGGGGUGGCCAAGCUGAUGAGGAACAAGGACACGAGGGAGCUGGUGGCCAUGAAGUUCAUAGAGCGAGGAAACAGGAUCGACGAGAACGUGUUCCGCGAGAUCGUGAACCACCGCUCCCUCCGCCACCCCAACAUCAUCCGGUUCAAGGAGGUGGUGCUGACUCCCACGCACCUUGCGAUCGUGAUGGAGUACGCUGCGGGCGGGGAGCUGUUCGAGCGCAUCUGCGACGCCGGGCGGUUCCACGAGGACGAGGCGCGCUACUUCUUCCAGCAGCUGGUUUGCGGCGUCAGCUUCUGCCACGCCAUGAACAUCUGCCACCGGGACCUCAAGCUGGAGAACACGCUGCUGGACGGCAGCCCGGCGCCGCGCCUCAAGAUCUGCGACUUCGGCUACUCCAAGUCCUCGGUGCUGCACUCGCGACCGAAGUCAACGGUGGGCACGCCGGCGUACAUCGCGCCCGAGGUGCUGUCGCGGCGAGAGUACGACGGGAAGCACGCCGACGUCUGGUCGUGCGGAGUCACGCUCUACGUCAUGCUGGUGGGGGCGUACCCGUUCGAGGAUCCAAAGGACCCAAAGAACUUCAGGAAGACAAUACAGCGCAUCAUGUCGGUUCAGUACAAGAUCCCCGAGUACGUGCACGUCUCCCACAACUGCCGCCACCUCCUCUCCCGCAUCUUCGUCCAGAACCCGUACAAGAGGAUCACCAUGAGCGAGAUCAAGACCCACCCCUGGUACCUCAAGAACCUGCCGAGGGAGCUCAAGGAGGAGGCGCAGGCAGCCUACUACUACAGCCGCCAGGGAGACAGCAGCAGCAGCAGCAGCAAUAAUGCGACAGCAGCACCCGCCUACUCGUCGCAGAGCGUGGAGGAGAUCUUGAGGAUCGUGCAGGAGGCGCAGACGGUGCCCAAGCCACCGUCCAGGCCCGACGAAGCAGAGCAACAGGAAGAAGAAGACGACCAUGACGAUGACGACGACUACGACAGAACGGUGCGGCAGGUGCACGCCAGCGGAGAGUUCGACAUGAUUAUGAGCAGACUCCAAAUCUGACUCUUAGUAUCUUGCCUGCCAUUGGUAGUUUUGUGUUGUAAUGCGUGCCUGUAACAUGAAUUUCAGUCAAACUAUACACUAUCAUAAUGGUGAUGGUAUUGAUGAAAA